GUUAGCAAGUUAGCAAUCAGCAGAUUUAUUUUGAACUGCAAUAUUUGUACUUCUUUUUUCAGCAAAACAACCAUUAUGAGUGAACAUAGCAUCAGUGAACAAUAAAUUCACAACUGAGGACGAGGCUAUUUUUUAUUGUUGUUAUCAGGCUUUGUAGUAGUGUUUGACCUGAUCUUGAUUCGAGAGUUGAAUUGUACAGAAUGGCUUGUGUAGAAAAAUUGCUGCUUCGAGGUAUAAGGAGCUUUGGUCCAGAGGAUAGAGAUGAGGCAAAAUUAAAAUUUUGUAUGCCAUUGACUAUUAUUUUGGGUCAAAAUGGUUGUGGGAAAACAACGAUUAUUGAAGCCCUCAAAUACGCCACCUGUGGGGAUAUGCCAAGCAACUGUAAUCAGGGAGCAGGAUUUGUCCAUGAUCCCAAACUUUGUAACUGCACUGAGGUGAGAGGUCAGGUGAAAUUGCAAGUACGUGAUUUGAAAGGAAAAACACUUGUUAUUGCUCGAAGUAUUCAAACAACCCAGAAAGCAAAGAAAUUACAGUUCAAAACUCUCGACCAAACCAUUACCAGGAAGGACCAGGCUGGACAGGAUGUGAGUAUCAGUGGAAGAUGUGCUGAUAUUGAUGCAGAAAUGUGCGUUGCUCUUGGUGUAUCUAAGGCAAUACUGAACUCUGUCAUCUUCUGUCAUCAAGAAGAUUCUCAUUGGCCUUUGGAUGAAGGAAAAAAGCUGAAAGAAAGGUUUGAUCUUAUUUUUGAGACUGUGAAGUACAAUAAAUGUCUGGACAGUGUCAAACUCCAAAGAUCAAUUUUAUCGUCUGAUAUAAAAAUGAAUUUGAAAGAACUGGAAAAUCUUGAAGAGCGUAAGAAAGAAGUUGCGGAAAAAAAGACAAGACUUAGUGAAGAAGAGGGAAGAAUGAAUGUCAUCCAAGACAGAGUGGCAGAAUAUGAAAAUGAACUAGGCCCAAUUAAAAAGAGAAUGGGUGAGCUCGUCAGCAGAGAGAUGGACAUCAGCCGUCUAAUAACUGAACGUGCCACGAAGAGUGCUACACUGAAAGCUAUUCAGAGCAGCAUUAGUGAGUAUGAGCAAGGUAUCACCUCCGAGUUCCAAGGUUCACUGGAGGAGCUUAAACUAGCCAUUCAGAACUUCAAGUCUCAAUUCAGCCAGCAAGAGUCGAAGUUGGAAGGGCUGCAAGCUGAGUUGUCGAGGGAGCAUGAAGAAGAGCAACGUCUCACCAGACUAAUAAACAGCGAGCAAAUGAAGCUGGGCCAGUUGACCAGAGACCAGGAGCAGAACUGUGAACGAGUUCAGCAACGCAAUAAAGCUCUGUCUGCGCUGUCGGAGCAACUCCAGCUUUCUUCAAAUGUCUUAACCGAAGGUGAUGUAGUUCGAUCUCUGGGAAGUAUUGAGCGAGCCAUCAGAGCUGCAGAAGCAGAUGUGGAAUCACUGCGAGAAUCAGGGGAAGAAAAUGAAAGGAUUCUACAAGAGAAAAUUGAUUCUUUACGUGAAGAAAAGACCAAAUUGGAGCAGUCGAGACGAUUGAAGAAUCAGUUGAUACACAACAAUAAAGAGGAUACCAAAAAAUUGAAGUUGGAGAUUGAUGAGGUUAACCAGUCAACAGAGAAGUUAAACAGAUUGCAGAAACAACUAGAAAAGGUACAGAAAUCUGCUGAUGAUCUGAACAAAGCUGUUGACUCGGAUCAGAUGGAAAAAGAUAUAAAAGAUUCUGAGACACGUAGAGACAAGUGGGAAGAUGAGCUAGCUGUCCUGGACAAGGAGGUACGGCAACUGCAGGAAAUCAGUCAGCUUCAGACUGAACUUAACAUCCAAAAAGAUGCAAAGGCCCUGAAAGAAGCUGAAAUACGUAAACUGAAGAACAAGACUGAGGACAGUUUAUUACAUCUCCUUGGCAACAUUCCUGAAACUGGUAUCAAGCAUCAGUUGCAGUCAUGUAUUGAUCGACUGGCCCAUGAUAUGCGCACAAAGCAGUCAAAGAUUGUGGAGAAACAGCGUCAGCUGACCACCCUGGAAGCUGAUCGCAAACAUUUAAGAGAGAAACACAAAGAAAAAACUCGUGUUUUAUCCCAAGAUCAGGAGGAGCUGUACGAUGCCUGUGAAAACAGGGAUUAUGAAGCCGUUCUGGCAGAUGUCACUAGUCAAUUACUUGUUGCCCAGGAUGAUAAAGGAACAUUGAAGGCCUCAGAGUUUAUGUUUGGAAGAUAUGUGGAGAAAUUGAAGAGAGAUGAACCCUGCUGUCCUUUGUGUCACAGAGGCUUUCAAGAAGUUCAAGAAUCUCAAGAACUUAUCACUGAACUAGAGGGCCGGAUGCAAGGCUUGCCAAGGAUGAUAGAAGAAAAGGAACGAGAGUUGGAACAGUUGCAAGAACGGCAGAGCAGACUACAGCAAUUGAGACCUACUUACCAACGUAUCAGUAAAUUGAAGAAUGAAGAAAUACCUGCUCUUCAAAGUCAAAUUGAAGCGACAGAGACUCGGUUGGAAGCAACCAGGCAAGAGUUGACCACUCUGCAGACUGAUCUGGUGGGCCCCCAAACAGAUGAAGCCAUGGCCAAGAAUAUCCAGGGUGAUGUAGCAUUGUUGGACCAACAGCAGAAUGAACUUCGCAAACUGGAGAGGGAAGUGAAUAAACUGCAAGAGAGACUUCCCCAAGGAGGUUCAGGUAGAAACCUGAAGGAUGCUCUCAGUGAGCAGGACAAGCUACAUAAAGAAGUACAGAUGUUGAGGAAAAGUUUGCAGUCCCUACAAGAAAGGCGGAACCGGCACAACCAACAGCUGCAUCAACUGCAGUCAGAAAAAAAUUCUAUUGUAGAACAACAACUGAAGAUUCAAGGGGGAGUUCAACAGAAGAAACAGUUAGAGGACAAGUUGUGUGAGUUACAAGCUCAGGAGAUUGUGCUGUUGGAAGAGUUUGACCAGAUCACUGACCAGAUACAGCCUGUCAGUGACAGGCUUGAGGCAGCUAUCAGAGAGAAGGAACAAGCUCGCUUGGCUCACAAGCAGAAAUUGGAUACAGAGAGAAACAGAGUAAACAAAUUGGUUAGGCAGUGUGAUGACGUUCGUAAGAUCCAAGAAUCAAUAACCAAGUAUGAAAAGUCAGGAGGCGCAGAUCGCUUGUCAGCCACCAAGCAAACUAUCACUCGUCUUGCAGGUGACAAGGAAACAGUGUUAGAAAACAAAAAACAACUGCAGGAUCAAAUAAAUGAAGUGAAAACAAACUUGAAUAACCAGCAGGUUCGCCAAAGAGAGUUAGAUGACAAUUUGAAACUACGGCAGAAAAGAGAAGAAGAGAAAGGAGUAAAUGAAGAGAUAUUAGCAUUGUCAACGAAAAUUGGUGGUAUGGACUUGCAAAAGGUUAUUAAAGAAAAAGAGGACCUGAGAAAACGUGAAGAAACCAUAUUGAGAGAUAAAGCUCACACAGAAGGUCGAAGGCGGGAAUUGCAAGAAAAUAUACAACUCUUGAGGAAAGAACUGAACAAAGACAAUAACAAAAAUGCUGACAAGGCCUAUUCUGAUGCUGUAAUUGAACUAAAGGUUAAAGAAGUAGCAAAUGAAGAUUUAGGCCAUUACUACAAGGCUUUAGAUUGGGCACUCAGCCACUUCCACAAUCAGCGCAUGAAGCACAUCAAUGACAUAAUUGGAGACUUAUGGACGCAAAUAUACUGUGGCAAUGAUAUUGAUACUAUCAAGAUUAAAAUUGAUGAGGAUAAAUCUGAAGGUGAGAAGAAACGGAAGGUGUACAACUAUAGAGUGGUCCAGGUGAAGAAUGGACAGGAGCUGGACAUGCGUGGUCGCUGCAGUGCUGGCCAGAAGAUGCUGGCUUGUUUGAUUAUACGGAUGGCUUUGGCUGAGAUAUUCAGCUCCAAGUGCGGAAUACUCACUUUAGACGAGCCAACUACAAACCUGGAUAAGGACAACAUUGAUCGCUUGUGUGCCACUCUGGCUAAUUUGAUUAGUCUUAGAGCGAGUCAGAAAUCAAAUUUCCAGCUCAUUGUCAUUACUCAUGAUGAAGACUUCAUAGACAAAUUAACCAAAAUGCACAAAGUUGACUACUAUUUUUCUGUCAGCAGAAAUGACAGAGGCAAGUCACUGGUUACAACUGUACGCUGUGAUUGAAUAUGGACUUGUUUGCAGUCAAGGUAAAAUGCUGAAUGAUAAAUAUAUAGGUUACUUUCACUUGAUAUAAUUUAAAGUAAGAUUACCUACUUUUCUAAAAAAAUUGUUCAGUUAUUUAUAAAAUUACAUUUUAAAUGAUAAGCAUUUAUAGAAAUAUAUUUUAAUAAUUUAUGAUAAUUAAAUUUAUUAUUCUUAAUAUCUUUUAAAAUUUGUACUCACAUUUGGCCAUUUUCUGUUAUGCUUUUACAAUAUUAAAAGCUAUUAGUAUGUGUUUUACUUGACCAAAAACUUAUGAUUUCAAGAUAAUGUUAUAAAGUGCCUUUUUGUUGAAAAUAGUGUUGUUAUAAUACAUUAAUUCAUAGAAAAAUGUAUCCUUGCUGUUUUCUUUGUUGUUAUAUUUAAGUUGGCUUGUAAAUUUGUUUUGAUUGUUAUUUGUUAGUUGUUCAGUUUACUUCCCUUUUUCCUCAGUAGGUUUAAAUAUCACUUAAAAUUGCUAGUUCUUAAUCAAAUACCGUAUAUUUUUAAAUGUCUCUUCUUUUGAGUAAAUUUACCCCAAUGAAGUCCUGGCCAACAACUCCAAACUCCAAACUUGAUUGAAUAAAAGCAAAUCAGCUUUAAAAUUUAAUCAGAUGUGUCUUUUAAAAGCAGUUUAAAUUUCAUGGACUUGUGUUAAAUUUUAAUUAACCAGUAACCUUUAAGAAGUAUUUUAAAUUGUCUUAUUGACUUUUUGCUAGAUUAAUUUCCUGGUAUAAAUAAAAAAAAAUAAAUAAAAGCUCAAUAUUUGGAACUAUAGUAUAUUUGUUUCCUUAACUUUGUAAGUCUUAUGUUAAUGUUGAAUUUAUCUAACUCUUAUCUUUCUGUUAUCUUCAAAAAUCUAUUUUACUUCUCUCAUAGAAAGAUAACAGUUCAAUAUUAUUGUUUAAAUGUUAUGGCAUUAUAAUUUAUAUAGUUUGACACAUUUUUGUGUUAAGAGGAAAAAUUAAUAAGUUUUGUUGUGUAUACAACAAAUUACAUAGUGAUAUGAUUAUUUUUUGUUCUUCAUUAAGUAAUUGUCAAUGUUAAAGAUUUUCCAUUUCAUAAUACAAUAAUUACAUUUUGUAUUUAAUGUAAAAAUAAUUACGCCAGGAUUUUGGAUGACAAAUUAAAAUUGGCAUUGAUGUUUUGCGAUUCCUUGUGAUAAAGAAACACAUUUUUUUUACAUUUCAAUUGAAUUUGUUUUGUUUGUGAAGAAGCUGUUAACAUGGAAGGAGGAAGAGUCUGUGUUCUGGUUUUGUACAGUGUGCUAGGACUUGGUUAAUUUAAUUCCAUAUUUGGCUGUGUUUUUUUUUAUAACUAAGUUGCAGUACAUGCAAGUAUAAAGUAUGUACUUGGGAGUUUGUUAAAUAGCUGUAAGUUUAUGUUAAUACAUCUUUUAUACUUGUUUCUUUGUACGAGACAACAAUAUUGAAUAAAACAAUGUUUUUUUCUA